GCGGCAGCGGGUUCGGUUGCGCGUGGCGCACGGGGUGGGAGUGGAGCCCAGGCCGGGAGCAGGCGCUGCCGCCAGCGACCAUGGGGAACGUGUUGGCCGCUAGCUCGCCGCCCGCAGGGCCGCCGCCGCCGCCCGCGCCCGGCCUCGUGGGACUGCCGCCGCCUCCGCCCUCUCCUCCGGGCUUCACGUUGCCGCAGCUCGGGGGCGGCCUGGGCGCUGGGGUUGGCGCGGGUCGGGGCUCGGAGCGGACCCCCGGGGCUGCGACCGCCGGCGCCGCAGGGACCGCGGACGAUGGGGCCUGCGGCUGCCUGCCGAACCCGGGCACGUUCGAGGAGUGUCACCGGAAGUGCAAGGAGCUGUUUCCCAUUCAGAUGGAAGGUGUCAAGCUCACAGUCAACAAAGGGUUGAGUAACCAUUUCCAGGUGAACCACACAGUGGCGCUCAGCACAAUUGGGGAGUCCAACUACCACUUCGGGGUCACGUACGUGGGGACAAAGCAGCUGAGUCCAACAGAGGCCUUCCCCGUGCUAGUGGGGGACAUGGACAAUAGCGGCAGCCUCAAUGCUCAGGUCAUUCACCAGCUGGGCCCUGGCCUCAGGUCCAAGAUGGCCAUCCAGACCCAGCAGUCGAAGUUCGUGAACUGGCAGGUGGACGGGGAGUACCGGGGUUCUGACUUCACAGCCGCCAUCACCCUGGGGAACCCAGACGUCCUGGUGGGUUCAGGAAUCCUCGUGGCCCACUACCUGCAGAGCAUCACGCCGUGUCUGGCCCUGGGUGGAGAGCUGGUCUACCACCGGCGGCCCGGGGAGGAGGGCACUGUCAUGUCUCUAGCUGGGAAGUACACAUUAAACAACUGGUUGGCGACAGUCACGCUGGGCCAAGCAGGCAUGCACGCCACCUACUACCACAAAGCCAGUGACCAGCUGCAGGUGGGCGUGGAGUUUGAGGCCAGCACAAGGAUGCAGGACACCAGUGUCUCCUUCGGGUACCAGCUGGACCUGCCCAAGGCCAACCUGCUCUUCAAAGGCUCCGUGGACAGCAACUGGAUCGUGGGCGCCACGCUGGAGAAGAAGCUGCCCCCGCUGCCCCUGACGCUGGCCCUCGGGGCCUUCCUGAACCACCGCAAGAACAAGUUCCAGUGCGGCUUCGGCCUCACCAUCGGCUGAGCCCUCCUGCCCGCCUUCCACGCCCUCCUCCUCCAGACCCCUCCCCGCUCCUGUCUCGUGG